AUGGAGUUCAUGAGUGCAUUAGGUUCACAGGAGGAUGCCUAUCGUCCUUCCUUAUUUGAACUAGUUGCUCAAGAUAAGCUGAAGGAAUUGUUACAACCAGCUAUACAAUACGUUUUGGCCAUUUAUGCUCAACGGUACCCUCGAUUAUUAUUAAGAAUUGUAAACAACCAUGAAGAAUUUUAUGCUUUAUUGAUGCUACUGAUUGAACGCCAUUAUUUAAAAGAAUGGAGCGGAUCUUUUGCUGAGAACUUUUAUGGGUUAAAGAGAGUAUCCUCAUUAUCAACAAACAAUUUUGUAUCUCCAAUCAAUUCAAAAGCUUCAAAAUUAUCAGCCAAAGAUAUCAACAGGUCUUUAUUAGUCUUGGUUGGAUUACCAUAUAUUAAAUGUAGACUUGAUCUUUUAUAUCAACGAGUAUCAGGCUCAUCAGACAUCAUCUUGGACGAACAAGUGGAAAUUGAAAAUGAAGAAUUGGCAGAUAGCAACACAAAGACAUCAAGAAAGCUAUUGAUUCGACUUAAAAGACUAUUCAAGAAGAUAUAUCCAAUCAUAAACUUUCUUUACCAUAUUUCAAACUUGGGAUAUAACAUUGGUUACCUGUUUGGAAAGACAAAGUAUUACACACCUUGGUUGCACUUACUAGGAAUAGAGGUUAAGCGUAUGAGUAUGGAUGAUUAUAAUCCAUUACAUGCUAUGUCAAUGAUUUCUGGAAAAGUCAUUGAAUUCUUAAAAGUGUUAUUACCAAUGUCUAUAUUCUUUUUCAAGUUCCUUGAAUGGUGGUACUCGUCAGAGUUUUCUCGUGGGAAUGCUUUGAGAAAGGGAGAAGAAGGCGAAAAUGCCAUACCUCCACCAGAAAAAAUAAAGGCAAGAGAUAUCAUUCCUCACCCUCAAGGCACUAGUGUUCCCUCUAGACCAAACACUUGUCCUCUAUGUCUUACUAAUCCUAUCAACAAUCCUACGGCCAUGCCGUCUGGUUACGUGUUUUGCUAUACUUGUGCAUACCAUUAUUUACAGGAACACGGUAGAUGCCCGGUCACUUGGAUAAAGGUGUCGAAAGAUCCCCAAAGUCUAGUAAAAUUAUACGCCGAUGUAUUGUAG